GGUCGGAGGAGAACAGGGUCCCGCGCGGGAAUUGGCGCCUGGAGGUAUUCGUCCCGGGAUGGAGGGAGCGACGGAAGCGGCGGGGAGCCGGGACUCGCGCCUGCGCAGUGGGGAUGUGCCGCUGAGCUUCCCGGACUCCGGGGGCGAGCACUGGGGAGGAGUCUGCUCCGCCAACUUUCCCAAAACCUCUCUCACCAUUAGAGUUGCAGCGUGAGGGGAUGAGAAGGUUUUUGUUACUUUAUGCUACACAGCGAGGACAGGCAAAGGCCAUAGCAGAAGAAAUAAGUGAGCAGGCUGUGUCACACGGGUUUUCCGCAGAUCUUCACUGUAUCAGUGAGUCGGAAAAGUAUGAUCUGAAAACAGAAACCGGCCCUCUGGUGAUGGUUGUAUCCACCACGGGCACAGGAGACCCACCUGACACAGCCCGCAAGUUUGUUAAAGAAAUACACGACAAGACACUACCCACAGACUAUUUUGCUCACCUGCAGUAUGGAUUAUUGGGCUUGGGUGACUCAGAAUACACAUACUUCUGCAAUGGAGGGAAAGUAAUUGAUAAACGACUUCAGGAGCUUGGAGCCCAGCGUUUCUACGACACCGGACAUGCCGAUGACUGUGUAGGUUUAGAACUCGUGGUAGAGCCGUGGAUUGAUGGACUCUGGGCUGCUCUCACAAAGCACUUUAAGUCAUUCGGAGGACAAGAAGACAUGAGUGACGCACUCCCACAGGCAUCAGAUGCCCCCGUGAGCACGGCCGUGAAGCCGGAGUUGUUGCACAUCCAGUCACAAGUUGAACUGCUGAGAUUAGAGGACGUGGGGAAAGGGGAGUCUGAGCUUCGGGAACAAAAUGAGACAAACAGGAGUCAGCGGGGUCGGAUCGAAGACUUUGACGCCUCCCUUGUGCGCUCUGUCCCCCCACUCUCCCAGAACUCUCUAAGUAUUCCUGCUGUGCCCCCAGAGUAUUUGGAGGUCCACCUUCAGGAGUCUCCUGGCCAGGGGGAAAACCAAGCAUCUGCGCCUUCGGGGGAUCCAAUCUUUCAAGUUCCAAUUUCAAAAGCCAUUCGGCUGACUGCAGAUGAUGCCGUGAAGACCACUCUGCUGUUGGAAUUGGAUAUUUCAAAAAUAGAGCUUUCCCAUCAACCUGGAGACUCCUUCAAUGUGAUCUGUCCAAACAGUGAUUCUGAAGUAGAAAACCUGCUCCAAAGGCUGCAGCUGGCUGAUGUACGAGCGCACCGUGUCAUCUUGAAAAUUAAGACGGACACUAAGAAGAAAGGAGCUGCCCUGCCCCCGCACAUGCCUGAGGGGAGUUCUCUCCAGUUCAUCCUCACCUGGUGUCUUGAAAUACGAGCAGUUCCUAAAAAGGCCUUUUUGCGGGCCCUUGCGGAGCACACCAGCAGUGCUACUGAGAAGCGGAGGCUGCAGGAGCUGUGCAGUAAGCAGGGAGCCGCUGAUUACAACCGCUUCGUCCGAGAUGCCAACGUCUGCCUGCUGGACCUCCUGCUCGCCUUCCCAUCCUGCCAGCCUCCGCUCAGCCUCCUGCUGGAGCACCUUCCUAAACUCCAGCCUCGACCGUACUCGUGUGCAAGCUCCAGCUUGCGCCACCCAGACAAGCUUCACUUCGUGUUUAACAUCGUAGAGUUUCCAUCGAGCACUACCUCGGCCUCUCCUCGGAAGGGAGUGUGCACGGGCUGGCUAGCCACAUUGGUGGCUCCAUUCCUUCAGCCAAACACAGACGUUUCAGAUGCAGACAGUGGUGACGCUCUGGCUCCUGAGAUACCUAUCUCUCCUCGGGCAACAAAUUCUUUCCACUUACCAGAGGACCCGUCGGCCCCCAUCAUAAUGGUGGGUCCAGGAACUGGCGUAGCCCCCUUUGUUGGCUUCCUCCAGCACAGAGAAAAACUCCAAGAGCGACACCCGGAUGGGAGCUUUGGAGCAGCGUGGCUGUUCUUUGGCUGCAGACAUAAGGACAGGGACUACCUGUUCAGGGAGGAGCUCGGGCAUUUCCUCAAGACUGGGGUCUUGACCCACCUGAAGGUCUCAUUCUCAAGAGACGCUGCACCGGAGGAGGAGGAGGAGGCCCCAGCAAAGUAUGUGCAAGACAACCUCCAGCGUCACAGCCAGCAGGUGGCCAGGAUCCUCCUUCAGGAGAAUGGCUACGUUUACGUGUGUGGAGACGCCAAGAAUAUGGCCAAGGAUGUGAACGACACCCUCAUAGGAAUCAUAAGCAAAGAAGCUGGUGUUGACAAACUAGAAGCGAUGAAGACGCUGGCAACAUUAAAGCAGGAGAAACGAUAUCUGCAGGAUAUCUGGUCUUGAAACUGGAAUGGAGACACUUGGGGUUUGAUUUUGUUUUUUUCUUGAAGUGCCAAAGGUCAAUUUUACAGAAGAUGAGUUUGGCUGUGUGGGGAGCAGCUUGCUUACAGGUACAACCACCUGACAGUCUCACAGGUUGUCUCCCACUCCGAACCUGUGGCCCCGCCCAGCACCUCACAGCUCCCACCUGGCACCCCAUUGCACAUAGGCUCCCCAAGAGGACAGAUCGUCAAUGGCUCACCUGUGCCUGGGCACAUCUUGGAGAGCUUGUGGACAGAUUAUCUUUCAAUGAAGUAUAUUCAAAUGAUAUUUAUACUGGUGAUAUUAAAUUAACACAAAUAUGCAGAGCAUACUGUGCAUGUUUUUAUUUAAUUGUGGUUUUAUUAUCAAAAUUAUAUUUCUGAUAAAAUAUUUUAAUUUGAGGUAAUCCUUACAAAAUAAGGGUUUUUAUACUACUAGAAAUAUAUUUUGAAAUAUAUUUGAAAUUGUACUCCACUGUUUUCAUCAUGUUAAUGUUUAGUGUCACCGCCCUCCAGCUUAGGGGCAUUUGCAUUCCCCUGACAAAGGCAUCAUGAGUGCAUCUCAGUAGUGUUGUGCCCUGUUCUUCUCAUGAACUCCAUUCAUGUCUGCCCCUCACUAACAGACUUGGGUUUCCCCAGUACCUGACUACACUUCUGUGACUCAGCUUAGAUUAAAGAGCUCCAGUUAGACUUCCAAUACCAAAUUCUCUUGCAAGUUAUGAAA